UUUUUUUUCUGGGUGUAAUUUGGCCUGCCCACAAUUGCCCGAGCUGUUAAGGAGGAGAAUUCCUGUUUUCCCGAGUGAGAUUUGGGCACUGGAGGUGGCUUUGCAGUGCUGGGUGAUGCUGCUCUGCUUGUUUUGAGUGCAUGGGAAAACUCUGUGUUUUACUGCUGGUCACGGCAGGGCUUUGGGGUCAUUUUCUGCUGUUUCUCUUUGGUUUGCCUUUCCCCUCCGGCUUCUCCCACAGGCUCAUGCAAGAUUUUGCCCUCCUCCUGUGGCAGUGCUGCUUGAUGCCUUCUGGCUUUUAGCUGGCGGCACAUCUGCUCAUCGUGUUGAUGAGUUUCUGCCCGGCUCCUGGCAUCAAAGACAUCUCGGAGUGAGGCUGGACCUGCUGGGGUGACGGGGCCGUGCAGCGCGGGGAGCUCCCCGGGACGCUGUAACCAUCAGACAGCACUCGGAUCCGCCAGGGAAAGGCACACGGUGGGAAGGAACUGCAAACGUGGAAACUCUCUGCGCUGAAGGCAGCUGGAAAACUGAGUUUUGGCCUGCAAAAGACCUGCUGCUGUUGGGCUCUAUGUGUGCUGGUGGGGAGGAUGGGGCCUGCCCGUGCCAAAAAAGGAGCAUCGGGAAGGGCGAAGCUCUGCUGACCGCUGGCAAGCCCGGCCGGUGCCUGUGUGCACCUCGCUGGUGGGGAAAACACUGUCAGGAUUUAUGGGCAGGGAGGGUUUGGGGCAGUGCAGAGCCAUGGGGCUGCUCUGGGCUCUGCCCCGCGGCGGGGCCAGCUGGCUGCCCCAGCGCUGAGACACCAGGGACACGGGGCUGUGCCACCGGCCCCGCGCUUCGGCAUUGCCUCCGGGGUACCGGAGAAGGGAAGCGAGGCAGGGGCCAAGAAAUGUAGCAGUGCUGAUUUUUUAGUCUCGAGGAAAAGGACCUUUCUGCUUUGCUCGAGAUCUCUGGGCUGGCUGUGUUUCUCUGCGCUGCUUGGAAAGUCUCUUGAUUUCUCAGAACAAUUUAUUUCUUUGUGUGUGUGUGUGUGUGUGUGUGUGUAUGUCCUCAGAUUGAUUUUCACCCCGUGUCGUCUUGAAGUGAUGGGUUCAGAGCGAGAGCCCUCCCCAGGCAUCUGUCAGUAAUAAUGAGGGGCUUGACUUCCACCUACGUUUUUGACCUGGAGGCCCUGGGACUCUCCUGGCUUUUCGAGUGACGGAGGAGAAGCAGCAGCAAGAGCCGGCGCGCGCGAUGGCAGAGAAGUGCGACUGCAUCGCCAGCAUGUACGGCUACGACUUGGGCUGUCGCUUCGUGAACUUCCGCCCGCUGGGCUUCGGGGCCAACGGGCUGGUGCUGUCAGCCCUGGACAGCCGCAGCUGCCGCAAGGUGGCCGUGAAGAAGCUGACGCUGGGCGACGCGCGCAGCAUGAAGCACGCCUUCCGCGAGAUCAAGAUCAUCCGCCGCCUCGACCACGAGAACAUCGUCAAGGUCUACGAGGUGCUGGGCCCCAAGGGCGCCAACCUCCGCGGGGACUUCUUCAAGUUCAACAUGGUGUACAUCGUGCAGGAGUACAUGGAGACGGACCUGGCGCGGCUGCUGGAGCAGGGCAAGCUGGCCGAGGAGCACGCCAAGCUCUUCAUGUACCAGCUGCUGCGCGGGCUCAAGUACAUCCACUCGGCCAACGUCCUGCACCGCGACCUCAAGCCGGCCAACAUCUUCAUCAGCACGGAGGACCUGGUGCUGAAGAUCGGCGACUUCGGCCUGGCCAGGAUCGUGGACCAGCACUACUCGCACAAGGGUUACCUGUCUGAGGGCUUGGUGACGAAGUGGUACCGCUCCCCCCGGCUCCUGCUCUCGCCCAACAACUACACCAAAGCCAUCGACAUGUGGGCAGCAGGCUGCAUCCUGGCUGAGAUGCUGACCGGAAGGAUGCUCUUCGCCGGGGGCCACGAGCUGGAGCAGAUGCAGCUGAUUCUGGAGACAAUCCCCGUUAUCCACCAGGAGGACAAAGAGGAGCUGCUGAAGGUGAUGCCCAUGUUCAUCAACAGCACGUGGGAAGUGCGGAAGCCGCUGCGCAAGCUGCUGCCCGAGGUGGACAGCGAAGCUAUUGAUUUUCUGGAGAAAAUACUGACAUUUAACCCCAUGGAUCGAUUAACGGCCGAGAUGGGCCUGCAGCACCCUUACAUGAGCCCGUACUCCUGCCCCGAGGACGAGCCCGUGUCUCAGCACCCGUUCCGGAUCGAGGACGAGAUUGAUGAUAUCCUGCUGAUGGAAGCUAACCAGAGCCAGAUGUCCAACUGGGACAGGUACCACAUCAGCCUCUCCUCUGACCUGGACUGGAGGCACGACAAGCACCACGACAUGGACGAGGUCCAGCGGGACCCCCGCGCGGGCUCUGAGUCCACCGCCGAGGAAGCACAGGUUGACCCACGGAAAUACUCACAGAGCAGCUCGGAGAGGUUCUUGGAGCUGUCUCACUCAUCCAUGGACCGAGUAUUUGAUGCCGAUUGUGGGAAAUCGUGUGAUUACAAAGUGGGGUCGCCUUCCUACUUGGACAAAUUGCUGUGGAGGGACAGUAAGCCCCACCACUACUCUGAGCCCAAGCUAAUCCUAGAUUUAUCCCACUGGAAACGGGCCACCAUAGCGCCCGCAGCUGAGCUGUCGCUGGAAGAGGAACCCUCCAACCUCUUCCUGGAGAUUGCUCAGUGGGUGAAGAGCACGCAGGUGGGGCUGGAGUGUCCCAGCGCUCUGCCGGAGAUCCAGGAGCGGAGCCUGCCCUCCUCUCCGCGCCAUCUGCACAAGGAACCCGCCGAGGUGAACAGUGAGACCGACCCCGAGUUUGACCUGGACGUCUUCAUCUCCAGGGCGCUGAAACUUUGCACAAAACCCGAGGAUCUUCCAGACAACAAGCUCAACGAGAUCAACGGGGCCUGCAUCUCCGAGCACCCUGGGGACAUGGUUCAGGCAGAGGUGUACCAGAAGGAGCGGUGGUGAGGAACCCACACCGGGAAGCCCCGCUGCGCCUCCCUCUUCCUCUGGGAUGGCGCGGCCGCUGCCCGGGGCUGAGCGGCUGCCGACCGUCACUGAGCAUCCGUUUUUAACACUGUACCAAAUGCCUUUUCCAGGAAAGGCAAGCACAAGCCACAUGCCCCUUUUGAUGCCUUAGAAGUGCUUCUGAGGGGAUCAGGAGGUGUGAAUGAAAUACUGAGUUUCUUAUACUGCCUUAACAAUCUUGCCUUGCGAUCUCUGGGACCUGUUUGAAACUUAAAUGUACGAGGGGAAAAAUGACAGUACAUGGUAGGUUUACAAACAGUAGUCAAAUCAACUUCUUUUCCUUUCUUUUUCUAUAGCAGCUUGAGAUGACAAAGACAAAAUCGGCAUUUUCAGUAUGGUCAGAUACCCUCCUGGUUGGACAGGUUCCCAAAACGCCGAACUUUGAGCUCCUCUGAGGCACCUGUGUGAGUACAGGUGUGGAAUAAAGUGAUGCCAGCCAUCGGUCAGCAGUGAAUGGAACUAGAGGUAGAG